AUGUCUGCUCCACAACCAGCUAACGGUGAAGUUCCAACUUUUAAAUUAGUCCUUGUCGGUGAUGGUGGUACCGGUAAGACCACUUUUGUCAAGAGACAUUUGACUGGUGAAUUCGAAAAGAAGUACAUUGCCACCAUCGGUGUCGAAGUCCAUCCUCUAUCCUUCUACACUAACUUUGGUGAAAUCAAGUUUGACUGUUGGGAUACUGCCGGUCAAGAAAAAUUCGGUGGUCUAAGAGAUGGUUAUUAUAUUAAUGCUCAAUGUGGUAUCAUCAUGUUCGAUGUCACCUCCAGAAUUACUUAUAAGAAUGUUCCAAACUGGCACAGAGAUUUAGUACGUGUUUGUGAAAACAUUCCAAUCGUACUAUGUGGUAAUAAGGUCGAUGUUAAAGAAAGAAAGGUUAAGGCCAAGACUAUCACUUUCCACAGAAAGAAGAAUCUACAAUACUACGAUAUCUCUGCUAAAUCUAACUACAACUUUGAAAAGCCUUUCUUAUGGUUAGCUAGAAAAUUGGCAGGUAACCCACAAUUAGAAUUUGUUGCCUCUCCUGCUUUGGCUCCACCUGAAGUCCAAGUCGACGAACAAUUGAUGCAACAAUACCAACAAGAAAUGGAACAAGCUACUGCUUUGCCAUUGCCAGAUGAAGAUGAUGCUGAUUUGUAA